AUGGAUGGUGGCAAGAGUGUUUACCAGCACACCUCUGGAGGAAAUGAUAAAAUCGUCUCUCUGCCCUCCCUCUGCCCUCCCUCUGCCCUCCCUCUGCCCUAUGCCCUCUCUCUGCCCUCCCUCUGCCCUCCCUCUGCCCUCCCUCUACCCUCCCUCUGCCCUCCCUCUGCCCUCUCUCUGCCCUCCCUCUGCCCUCCCUCUGUCCUCAAUCCACCCUCCCUCUGCCCUCCCUCUGCCCUCCCUCUGCCCUCCCUCUGCCCUCCCUCUGCCCUCCCUCUGUCCUCCCUCUGCCCUCCCUCUGCCCUCCCUCUUCCCUCCCUCUGCCCUCCCUCUGCCCUCCCUCUGCCCUCCCUCUGCCCUCCCUCUGCCCUCCCUGUGCCCUCCCUGUGCCCUCCCUGUGCCCUCCCUCUGCCCUCCCUCUGUCAUCCCUCCAUCCUCCCUCUCCGCAUCACCCCCUCAGGGCUAGGCGAGAUGAUGCCAACGCAGCUGUGGGAGACGACGCUGGACCCCAGCCAGAGGCGGCUGAAGCUCAUCACGGUGGACGAGGAGGCACAGGCCAGUGUCACCCUCUCCGUGCUCAUGGGGGAUAAGGUGCGCUCAUAG